CCCAGCUGCAUGCCGCAAGUGUCAAACUCCAAUUAGUCACCAGCCUUGCUUGCUUGCUUGUCCCAGCUAAGCCGAGGACAGGACACGCGAAGAAGAGGAACGAUCAGUCACCAGCCUUGUUUGACAUCCUGAGCAGCUUCAUCUCCUCCUCCUGGCAAGUUUCUUGGCAAGCUGGUGCUCAAACAAUGGCGUGUUAAUUAGGAAUAGGAUAGAACAGGAUCGUUGCAUCACGCAGCCAAGGAGACAUGGCUAGGAGCAGAGAGGUGGCGGGCUGGGGCACGGUGGCCGGAGGAGGCGGCGCGGCGGCCGUGGAGAAGGCGGUGCGGUGCCUCGGCAGGGGCGUCGACAUGACGGGCGACCUGAGGCUGAAGCACUGCAAGGACGCGGGGGGCUGCCUGGUCGUCCGGAGCGCCGGGAGGAAGGCGGCGGAGAAGGCCGUCGUGCCGGGCUUCGGCGUCGUCGCCGACCUGCCCGCCGACGUCAGGUGCGGCAAGGGCGACCGGAUCAGGUUCAGGUCCGACGUGCUCGAGUUCAACAAGAUGUCGGAGGCGUUCAACCACCGGAAUUCGCUGGCGGGGAAGAUCCCGUCGGGGCUCUUCAACUCCUGCUUCGACCUGGAGAGCGGCUCGUGGGCGGAGGACGCCGCCGCCACCAAGUGCCUCGCCUUCGACGGCUACUUCAUCUCGCUCCUGGACCUCCGCCUCGACUGCCGGCCGCUCGCCCUCGCCGACCACGUCGUCGGCGACGUGCCGGCGGCAUGGGACCCGGCAGCCAUAGCAAGUUUCAUCGAGAGGUACGGGACCCACAUCGUUGUCGGGCUGGGCUUGGGUGGGCAGGACGUGGUGUACGUGAAGCAGGACAGGUCGUCUCCGCUGUCCCCGUCCGAGAUCAAGGAGCACCUCGACAGGCUCGGUGACCAGCUCUUCACCGGGACCUGCACCCUGCCCCCUUCCAACCGCAAACUCAGGGAACACAAAUCUAAGGUCCCUGAGGCGUUCAAUGUGUUCGAUGCCCAAGUGACACAGCAAGGGCUCCAAGGAAUAAUGGCUACUCCAGUGUCCUGCAAAGAGGGCGUGACGGUGAUACACUCCAAGAGGGGAGGGAACGCGGCGGCGAGCGACCACUCGGAGUGGCUGCUCACCGUGCCCGCGACGCCGGACGCGAUAAGCUUCAAGCUCGUGCCCAUCACGUCCCUCCUCAAGGGCGUGAGCGGCGUCGGCUUCCUCUCCCACGCCAUCAACCUGUAUCUCAGAUACAAACCUCCGACAGGCGAGCUGAGGUACUUCCUGGACUUCCAGCACCACAGACUGUGGGCUCCAGUGCUCGGUGACCUGCCACUUGGGCCCUGCUCCAACCGGCAGGCUCCUAGUCCGGCCUUGAACUUCAGCCUCGUCGGUUCCAAGCUCUACGUCAGCUCGAGCGAGGUGGUUGUUCCAAGACUACCCGUCACCGGGAUGAGACUACAUCUGGAGGGCAAGAAAAAUAACCGCCUAGGCAUCCACCUGCAGCAUCUGUCCAACACCCCAGCGUUCAUCGGCGGAACACCGGCCAAUGAGCAGCCGCCGGCGGCGGUGUGGCGCGGGUCGGAGACGAUCUCCGACGCGCGGUACUACGAGCCGGUCCAGUGGAGGAUGUUCGCGCACGUGUGCACGGUGCCGGUGAAGUACGACCCUCGCUGGGCCGGCGCCGGCGCCGGCCCGCCGUCGGCGUACGUCGUCUCCGGCGCGCAGCUCCACGUCAAGGCCCACGACUCGACCAACAUCCUGCACCUCAGGCUCCUGUACGCCCGGCUGCCGGGCCACGCCGUGGUGCAGUCCAGGUGGGCGCACGGCGCCGCCACCAGGCUGUCAUCGGGCAGAGGGAGCUUCUUCCUGUCCAAGUCGCUGGCCUCGGGCUCCGGCGGCGUCGACAAGGAGCAGCAGCACCCGGGGAGGGUUCACGUCGACUCCGGCGUGUUCGCCGGAGGGCCGCCCGUGCCUGUCGGGACCCAGAGGCUGCUCAGGUUUGUGGACACGUCUCAGGUCACCAUGGGGCCGCAGGACAGUCCUGGGUACUGGCUGGUCACUGGCGCCAAGCUGGACGUUGAGAAGGGGAAGAUCUCACUCCGCGUCAAGUUCUCGCUGCUCGCUCCAGUUUCUUGACACGCUAGUCUUCUUUCUGCUAGGAGAACACCGCUGUGCAGAAGGCCGAAAUUAGGGGGGACUCCUUGCGCAGUGAUGAGUGAUUGUAUCAAGGUCAUAUUUGAUUUUACACAGCCUUCCGUACAUAUUUUUGCUACUACUUUCUUGUACAAUAUAUUCUUAAAAUCCUUC